AUGAAGGUCCGCUCGUCCGUGAAGCGCAUGUGCGACGGCUGCAAGGUCGUCCGCCGGCGGAGGAAAGUGUACGUGAUCUGCGACCGCAGCCCCAAGCACAAGCAGCGCCAGGGCUUCCACACCAGCGCGCUGGCCGCCGCCCCGCAGGAGGGUGCCGUCGCCUCGCCCAACGCGAGCUUCCAGACCGCGCUCAAGCAGCUGCAGUUUCCGGGCCUCGCCCCCUUCAAGGCCUUCCGCGACGCCGCCAUCGAGAUCCCCAAGCUCUGCUAG